GCAUGGUGCAUCAUUCAGGAACAUACAUAUAUUUUCCAUACGAAUUAUGUUAACAUUUUUGUUAACAUAGUUUUCAUCGGGAAGGCUUAUAAAUCGUUUUAGCAAGAGAGCAAUACUUUUUGCAUGGUAAAACAGAUUCCUACUCAUUACUCCACGUGCUUAAUCAAGCCUGGGCUACGUCAGCUUUGUUUUGAGCGACUUUUACGUGGGUUUUGAAGGGGCAUCUGGAUCACGCCCAGGAGAUAGCCCGGUUCCAAAACGAAUGCAAUCACUUUUCACCCGGUUUAAACUCAUUCGCUGGGGUAACCCGGGCAGAUAAUCGAAUCUCUUCACUGACAGAAAAAUGUGCGUAGCCCAGUGGAGGCGUGUGCUGGGUCGACCAAUGGGAGCUCGAGUCAACCGCGAGGCCGCACAUGUUAACAGGCAGCAAUCCGCCGGUAGAGGCGCUGGCUCUUGGCAGUCGGCUACGGACUGGAGUUUCUAGAAUAUGGAUCCGGAGUUACUGUACGCGGCUAUUUCAGCAAAUUUCACCCUGUCAGACGGCAAACCGGUGUAAAAUAUGUGUGUGAAACUUAAAUAAUUUGUUCAUGUAGAUCACAAUUAAUAUCUUUGUUUGUGUAUUGGCGAAGCUCUUUUGUUCGGAUGAAAAUGUACUGUACAAAUGUCAUUGUCGGUCCUUAAAUACAUUUCCGUGUUUUUGUGCUCUCUUACGAGUUUAGAGGGAACAGUCAGGAAAACAAACAGGUCGAACCAAGAAAUAUCAGUAACCGGUCUGUUGAAGAGGUUAUUUCACGGGGAAUGGCUUGUUUUCAUGCAUUUGUUAAUCCAUGCAUGUAGCUUUUUCUACACAUAUUCGUGCUUUCGAAUAUCGUUCGUUUUGACCCGUGCUAGCAGCAGAGUAUGUUGCCGCUUUCUAACAUUUGGUUAGGGUUUAUGGAGCACGUAGUCUAUCCGCUGCGGUGUUGUGUUUUUCAUGUCAGUGUUUAUCAAUUCUAACUCGACGUCCAUAGAUAGACAUUGACCACAUUCCGCUUUAAAUUCGGUGCUAUAAAUUGAUCGCUAUGCAUACGAGGCGUUUGGUGAAACGUUCAAUCCUGGGGAGCCGGGUGUAUGCGCCGAGUCCGACUGGGGACGGGGCUCCGUUGACAGGACUGGUACAGGCUGUCAAGCAGGAAAACAGAGACGUUUCAACCGGACCUCGGCGUAACGUCUACACGGUACUAAUGCAAGACGGAAGCCUGAAAGAAUUCUCCGAGGACGAGAUAGCCGUGGGCUUCAACCAAACGACGGCGAAAGGACCGCUCAAAUCCAGCUUGAAGAGCUCCAGUAACGGCCGGGGGGACGGGACUCCACACCAGGGCCAGAACGGGGAGGCCAACUCCCUGAGCCCAGAUGCGGUGGAGGGGGAGCGGGCAGUGGAUGGCAGGAGGACAGGGCGCACCUUGGAGGGUCCUGAGAGGGACCACACCCGCUCUGUCUCCCUGCUGGACCAGAAACGUAAGGUGGUGUCAUCCAGCAUCGAUGUGCCCCAUGCCAGGAAGUCAGAGGAGGAAGUGGACAUGGACAAGGUGACAGCUGCCAUGGUUCUGACCAGCCUGUCCAGCAGUCCACUGGUCAGGAGCCCCCCAGUCAAAGUCAGCGAGGGUCUGAAUGGCUCGUGGAAGGAGAGUUGUGGGGGCUUCACCCCCUCCAGUUACAGCAGUAGUGGCUAUUGGAGCUGGAGCGGCCCUAGUGACCAGUCCAACCCGUCCACCCCCUCCCCACCGCUAUCUGCAGACAGCUUCAAGCCCUUCCGCAUGUCCAGCGUCAACGGCCCGCCCCCCGACGACGCCAUCGACGAACAGGAUGGCAGCAGCCUGCUCUUCGACGAGCCAAUCCCACGCAAGCGCAAGAACUCCAUGAAGGUGAUGUUUAAGUGUCUGUGGAAGAACUGUGGGAAGGUUCUGAGCACGGCUGCUGGGAUACAGAGACACAUCCGGACCGUUCACCUGGGGCGUAACUGUGACUCUGACUGCAGUGACGGAGAGGAGGAUUUCUACUACUCUGAGAUUAAACUCAACACCGACUCAGUCGCUGACGGUCUGAGCAGCCUGUCCCCCGUCUCCCCCUCCGUACUGUCCCCCAUCUCUCCCCCCCAUGACCACCACAGACGACCCCCUGCAGAGGGCAGCAACGGGACCAAUGGGAACAAGGAUAGUCACAGCCACACCCACUCCAACAGCACGCCCCUCAGUCGCUCUGCCCCCAGCGCCCUCUACCUCAUCCACGCAGAGCACGCUUACCAGGCCACAGCUCCAGUCACCAUCCCCUUCUCUGGCUCUGCUGCCUCAGGCUCUGCUGCCUCAGGCUCUGCUGCCUCCACCUCCUUCACCCCCAGCAGCAGCUCGACCUUCAGUAUCUCCUGGCAGUCACCUCCUGUCACCUUCACUGGCACUGCUGCAUCUCCCACCCACAGUCGGACACAGAGCUUUGGGGAGCAGCGGUCUCAGACAAUGGCAGUCCUCUCCUCCCCUCCCAGAGCCACUGGCUUACUCAGCCGUAAGUCCCGUGGCGAGGGUAAGAAGUGUCGUAAAGUGUACGGAAUGGAGAACAGGGACAUGUGGUGCACUGCCUGCCGAUGGAAGAAAGCCUGCCAGAGAUUUACCGACUGAACCAACCAAGUAACCGACCAACCGUGAGGGUUCCCCGUGGGAACCAGGGGUGUUGCUUUCUGUUCCCGUCCUACGCAUGCGUUGUCACACCCUUCUACAGUCCUGGUCCACUCCACCCCAACCAUAACCCGACCCCUCCUGACCCACCACCCCAGCAGGACCAAGGGGGUGGAGCCUCCUACUGUUCUGAGUAUAUCCCAAGCUAACUCCAGCUCCCUCCCAAGACUUCCAACCGGGGAACAAAAAUAACCUCGGACCUAAUUGUCAGGUCAGCCAUGAAGGGACCAGAAAAGAGGCACAUUUUGUUCCAGAACGUCUCAGUAUUUUUUUAAAUUGAGAAUGGGCUUUUUUUUUGCUUUGAGAGAAGGUCAAAAUAAAAAGAGAACAGGGAAAAUCAUUGUUUCCCAUGUAGACUCCUUCUUUCCCCACUGGCCUGCUUCUUCUACUGGGUGCUCUGGAUCUCUACAACCACAGGCCCCCUCUCUUCCCGUCCUCACCCCAGGGAAUGUAUCUUGUGUUCUGGACUCGGCAGGGGGAAGAGGGAGGGGUGGAUAGCACCCCCUAGUGGGGUUAAAUGGAUCAAUGCAACAACAGCAAAAAUACAAAUACACAUUCGGGGUGCAGAACAGACCAACCUUGCCAGCAGCAAUGAGCCCUACACCCCAACACUGCAUCACAACCGCAACACAGGACCACACAGUUUUCUAUCUACAUUUUAUAUAUAUAUAUCCAGUUGACUGAAGCUAAAAAGGGUCAUUUUCUUUCAGGGAGUGUUGAUCAAAAGAAAGGAAACAUUUCAAUAGUUAUUUACAGCGAGGGUUUUGGUCACAUGAUAUUUACUUGCAACCAAAAAGUUUAUUUUUUAUUAUUUUUUAGGUGCCAUUUUCCCUAAUGUUGUUAUUUCUCUGUAUCUAUUCUUCUUGGUGUAUUGAAAGCACAAAAAGGACUGUUUUUGCUCACUAAGAACUCAAAACAUUACACCCCUCUCACACACUUUGGGGCAAAACAAUCAACCGACUUAAAAUGGGUCUGCAUACAAGUUCUCCUCUUCUUCCAUCCGGAGUUAGUUCGUAUUUCUAACGGUUUGUUUACGGGCGCCAGACUUUACCAAAGCCCGUAGGUCCCCUACAAGAUGGAGGGUAUCCGCUCAAUUUUCCCUUUCCUUUCCAAUACCAAAAGUGGAGCAAGAACUUUUAUUGUCUGUGUGUGACGUGAAUGAACACUUGUAAAGGCAGUAUGUGGCAGUUCCUGUUGGGUCGGGGUGAACAUCUCACUCUCUCUCACCCUACUCACUCUUGUGUUGACCUUCCAGGUCUGAGAGAAUAUUGGUGACGUAAGCAUGGUAACAUCACCUGUACCAUACUGUGACCGGUCCAGCCUAGACCUCCUUGUUGGAAAACGGGAAGCUUUUUGGGAGAUUUCUUUAACUCGGCACACUGCACUCACUCCAGCUCGGCCAGCACAUCACUCUAUGGGCUUCAUAAGUAGUAAAAAAGUGUGUGAUUGAUGGGUGGCAGAGGCCGGUCCACUGGUGCAGCUACCUGAUUGGUUAUGUGGACCUGGCUGUCCCCACCCACUCCACUUCCUCCUGAUGAGACUGGCCACCUGGUUGGCUUGGACGCGGAGGUUGACUCGCUUUGAAAGGGACAUUACUGUACGUGGUAGAUUAUGAACUCUUCUGGAAUCACUCUGUUGUCACCUAGCUAGUUCUCUGUCUGUUAGCUCAGACACUCUGGCUGUUCUAAGGCUGCGCACCGCAAGCCUUCUUCCAAAGUGUGGACUUGCACAUUUCCACUCAUGGAUUUAACAAUGGUGUGAACUCUCUCCUGACAGUUUUUUACACCAAUCCUAUGCUUUUAAAUCCAUGAAUGGGAGUAUGCACAUUUCGGGACACACCCAGAAACUCUUAUAUGAAGGUCAAUAUACCAAGGUCAAAGAAGUACACACAAAGAAAGAAGUCAACACACAGUCCAACACCAGCUAUAUAAACACACUAGUAAACCCACUCUGUUCACAACCCAGCUUCCUCCAUACCUCCUCCAGGAUUAUAUAGCCUUUAUUUCUCUCAACCCUUUUCUAUUUUAGUCUUUUUAUCAGAAUGUUUAAGUAGAUGGAGCUCUGAUUUGACUGUUUAUUAAGUUAAAUGUUAUCCACUUUAAAAAUCUAUCCUCCACCCAGUGGACGAGUUCAGUAUAACGCCAAGAAGGGUGACCAUAGUUUAAGUGUUGUAUCAUUCCUUCAAGUGUAGGCUAAACCAAUGUUGUCCACAUGGUAUGGCCUCGGUCGCACAUUCAAAGUCACUGUGCUUUUAAAUCAUGUCAUUGGAGUUUCUGCAAGAUUAAACUAUAUUUAGAUCAGUGAUGGGCACCUGGUGGCCCACUGCCCCCUUUCUGAAGGCCCUCGGAUACAUUUUUGGGGGAACUCAGUCGAGUCUAAACUUACUGUUGAGAGUUAGAAUAGUAGAAUACACCAGGUUCAAUUUCUCUUGUUAUGUCAGUCACUCAAUUAGCCUAUAUCAGCUAAAAUGUUUAGCGGCCAGUUAUCUAGACUUGUUAUCAUGGUGGAAUUACUGGCCGGUGGCCCCUCCAUUGAUUUUGUUAGUCAGUCUCACUCAGAUAUAUCAUAUUAAAUCCUGCAAACAUUUCUAUCCACCCUAUGGCAAAAUGUCUAGAAUUGCAGGAAAUUAGAUGCAAAACAUCAACAUUUUCUCUCGCCCCAUGGCAAAUGUCUAGAAUAGCACGAAACUCACAUAAAAAAAUGUCUCUCCUCUGUCAAGAAUGUUUUGCUCACGGUGUGGGGGUGUGGAUGUGUGUACGUAGACCCCCCCACGUAGACCCCCACGUAGACCCCCCCACCACCAUCAUCCCUGACCCAGAUGAUCUAAAACUGCCAUUUUAUUAUGUCAACGGAUUGUUGUUUCAAAAAGACUCAUGUACACAUGCUUACGGAGGAACAGAUGGAUCUGUCUGCUCUACUGCUAAAGGAAGACCGUGGUUAUUGUAACCCUGCAGCUCUUAGGAGAAUACUGUCAGCUUGUUUUGUUACAGUAGGUGAACCCCACAACCUAAUACCCAAAUGCUCGCUCUCGCUCUCUCUCUCUCUCUCUCUCUCUCUCCCUGUCUCUCUCACACACACACACACUGUAACCCUCUACAAUAUCUAUCUGCCAGUGUCAUUUAGCAGUUGGAGAAAGACACCUGAUUAAAAACAUUUGUCUUAUUUGCAAUAGCAUUCUCUUCAACCUUAUAAAGUUGUCAUACUCGCAAUUAGCUUGACGUGUGUGUGUGCGCCUUCAGACUAGUGUGUCAGCCUCUACAGGGCUGAGGCUGGGUUACUUAGUGGUGCUGUGCACUCAGGUAGCAGGGCACGCAGGGGGGUUGUCCAAUGCGAUUUCACAAUAAUGUCCUAUGGCCUCUGUUACACUGUAGUAGAACAUGACAAUAGAACACCUGCGUCGAGGCAAAUCUCUCAACAGAGAACUUGGUGUGUCGCCACCAACACUGUGGUUUUUCCUCUCCUAUCGCAUUAUAUUAUGUACCGUCCCAUAUCAACGUGUUGUAGCUUAUUUCAGUAGAUAUCAACCGACCAGAUUCCAAUUCUACCAGAUAUAGUGCUGAACAUAGUGGAAAUGCAAGCUAAAAUGUUGUUCACGUGUAAUAGAUAAUGAUGUUUCUUAAAUACAUCAUAUAGCUACAGUGUUAUUAAGACUGGUUUAAACCCAGUUCUUGUAUGAACGGUCCAUCCACCCGCUAAGCCUACAUUACGUUGCCUUUCUGAAACGUAUACUUUUCAGCUAGUUGUGUUUAACUGUCAUGCAACUGAAGAAACUAGGAUAUAAUGUAUGGUCCACCAGAUUUCCCUAAAGGCGUCAGGUUCAAUGAUAUCAUCCGUUAUUUACAUCAGUCAGUAGAACGGAACAGAGAGGAGCUGAAUGGAUGGAAUCUGAGGGAGCAGUCAUAGUAGAAGGAUUUGUUUGCUUCAUUCAAUCGGCCCUGGGAAAUGGCUUCUCCCUAUGAACACGUGUUAGAGAAGCCAGGUGUGUUCAGCAGGAUGCAAUGUUUUGGAACGUUCAGAUAGCAAUAUGUUAUGUUGAAGAAAUAUGCCUCUGACAUGUAGUAGAAUAAGGAAGCACAUUCAUGGCAUUUCUAUCUGCAACAUUAGAAAACAUUAGGGAACUGAACAUGGUCUGUAGGAGUUCCCUGUAGUGGGUGACAUGAAUACAUAUUAGGAACAUGGCGAUGUGGAGUGCACCAGUGGUGUGUAGAUCAUAAAGGGCUUUUGUUCUCUUGUGUUUAUACGCUGCUGCUCCUGCCGUUAAGGGGUUGGGCUCCCUGUUGAUUUAAAACUGGUUCAAACAAGGCAGCAGCAUUCAAAUGAUGGAAGCGUGACAUCAAGCUAGCAGAGUUAUGACGAGGAGAAUCCCCAACAUGGCAAACCAACAUGUACCCGGAUACACACAGGGUACCCGGAUACACACAGGGUACCGGCGCCGUCACUCUCUCCUCUCUCCCUAGCUCUGUCCCCCUCUCCUCCCUCCCUAGCUCUGUCCCUCUCUCCUCCCUCCCUAGCGCCGUCACUCUCUCCUCCCUCCCUAGCUCCGUCCCUCUCUCUUCCCUCCCUAGCUCCGUCCCUCUCUUCCCUCCCUUACUCCAUCCCUCUCCUCCCUCCGUAGCUCAGUCACUCUCUCCUCUGUCCCUAGCUCCGUCACUCUCUCCUCUGUCCCUAGCUCCGUCACUCUCUCCUCUGUCCCUAGCUCCGUCACUCUCUCCUCUGUCCCUAGCUCCGUCACUCUCUCCUCUGUCCCUAGCUCCGUCACUAUCUCCUGUCCCUAGCUCAGUCACUCUCUCCUCUGUCCCUAGCUCAGUCACUCUCUCCUCUGUCCCUAGCUCCGUCACUCUCUCCUCUGUCCCUAGCUCCGUCACUCUCUCCUCUGUCCCUAGCUCCGUCACUCUCUCCUCUGUCCCUAGCUCCGUCCCCCUCUCCUCUCUCCCGAGCUCCGUCCCCCUCUCCUCCCUCCUCGCUCCAUCCCUCUGUCUCUAGCUCCAUCCCUCUGUCUCUAGCUCCAUCCCUCUGUCUCUAGCUCCAUCCCUCUGUCUCUAGCUCCAUCCCUCUGUCUCUAGCUCCAUCCCUCUGUCUCUAGCUCUGUCACUCCAUCCUCACUCCAUCCCUGUCUCUAGCUCCAUCCCUCUGUCUCUAGCUCCAUCCCUCUGUCUCUAGCUCUGUCACUCCAUCCUCACUCCAUCCCUCUGUCUCUAGCUCCAUCCCUCUGUCUCUAGCUCUGUCACUCCAUCCUCACUCCAUCCCUCUGUCUCUAGCUCCAUCCCUCUGUCUCUAGCUCCAUCCCUCUGUCUCUAGCUCCAUCCCUCUGUCUCUAGCUCUGUCACUCCAUCCCUCUGUCUCUAGCUCCAUCCCUCUGUCUCUAGCUCCAUCCCUCUGUCUCUAGCUCUGUCACUCCAUCCUCACCCUAGCUCUGUCACUCCAUCCUCACUCCAUCCCUCUGUCUCUAGCUCCAUCCCUCUGUCUAGCUCCAUCCCUCUGUCUCUAGCUCCAUCCCUCUGUCUCUAGCUCCAUCCCUCUGUCUCUAGCUCCAUCCCUCUGUCUCUAGCUCCAUCCCUCUGUCUCUAGCUCCAUCCCUCUCUUCUCUGACACUGGAUUCAUUGUGCUCCUCAGAGGUAUUGCUCAACAAUAAGCCAAUGGCAGGCGGGCUAGGCUGGGCUGAACAGAGACCCACUGCACUGGCACAAUACUGUGUGUAUGUGUCUUGGUUAAAUGGACCGCAAAGCAAUGAAGAGGAGAUUUAUUGGCCACACACACACACACACACAGCACGACUUUAAAGUAAAGGAAAUCAUAAAAAAAUUGCUGAUGUAUUUUUCAUAAAUGACACAAGAUGAUCACCUGUAACAAACAAGUACAAAGGUUAUUUAAGAGAGUAGGUUGCUAGUUAUCAGAAUAGUCAUGGGAAUAUGGCUUGUAUUGUACAAGCACAACCAGAAGGUCAAUAACAACACAUUCUAACAGGACUUCCAACAACAAACCAUGAGAGCAGGUUAUGUCUGUCUGGUCACUCCCACUGUGUUAGUGGGGUUGGACAGUAUUGUUGUGUUCUGGGGUUUGGGGAGUGAGGGCUGUCCCUCUGACUGCUUUCAGGAAUGUUAAGUCAUGUGAAAUAGAGGAUGUUUUUUUAUGGGAACCUGGAGUGACUGUGCCUUGAUGAGUUUGAGUUGGAUUUUGACUCUGGGUGUGUAGAGACACAGCUAUGAUGGAAUGUCUCCAGCCUCCUCUUGUCUGGGGUUCUUUAUUCCAUCUUCAUUCAAAUGAUGAAAAUGUACUAUUAAGUUCAGGGGCCACUUUUGGCCCCCAUGGGAGUGCAAGGCUAGAGUGACUGCCUCCUUUCUCUUUCAUGCUGUGGUUCGAAAGAGGGAGGACAUUUGUUGUUUAGGGCAAGGAAGGAUUUUUGGAUCUUCAGAUGCUCUUUUAUAAACUGUUUUUCUGUA